UUGUGCCUCGCACGAGCAUCUAGUGCACGGCUGUGCCCGUCUCUGCGUGGCACCCGCGACCGCACAGCUGCACUCAGCCAGGUAGGAGUGGGACCCCCCAACGGCCACCCCCUGCCCGGGCACCUGAUGCCAGGAGGGGGUGGGCAUCGGGCUGAGGAGCUGCUGGACCCCCCUCCAGGAGCUGGGAGGGUGGAUUUGGGGCUCCCCCCUGAACCAUGGGGUAGGGGCCAGGUUGGUGGGGGCAGGUGCGUGACCCUCCGGGCAUGGGUCACUAAUUAAAGCGCCCUCCACGUGACCACAUACGUGUGUGCCCAUGGCAGUUUGCGUGGGUGAGGACCUGUGUGGGUCACAGGUGUGGACGGGCUGCACGGUUCUGCACACGGAAGAGGCACCGACAUGUCUGCUCGGGGGCGGAGGGGCACACGCAUGUGUUUGCGUGGGCAUGCGUGGGCACUCCCGGCCGGGGCUAACGAUGCUAAUGGUCCCUGCAGGCCCCGUGCCCCCCGCUGCCCCCCACCAUGGUGCAGCUGGACCCCAAGGUCACCCGCACCCUCGGCAAGACCAAGCCAGGCCUGCAGAUCUGGAGGAUUGAGAACAUGAAGAUGGUGCCGGUGCCGUCCCAGUCCUACGGCAGCUUCUACGAAGGCGACUGCUACGUGGUGCUCGCGACACGGGAGACAGGCGGGGUCCAGAGCCACGCGCUGCACUUCUGGCUGGGCCGCGCGGCAUCGCUGGACGAGCAGGGCGCGGCCGCCAUGUACACGGUGCAGCUGGACGAGGAGCUGGGCCGCACCGCCGUGCAGCACCGCCAGGCCCAGGGCGCCGAGAGCGAGGCCUUCCGCGCCUGCUUCCCCCGCGGCAUCGUGUACCGGAAGGGCGGCGUGGCCUCGGGCAUGCGGCACGUGGAGACCAACACGCACCAGGUUCGGCGCCUGCUGCACGUCAAGGGCCAGAGGCGCGUGGCAGCCGGCGAGGUGGAGCUGAGCUGGGAGAGCUUCAACCUGGGCGAUGUCUUCCUCCUCGACCUGGGCCAAGUCCUCGUGCAGUGGAACGGGCCCCAGAGCAACCGGCGCGAGCGCCUGCGGGCAAUGACCCUGGCCAAGGAGAUCCGGGACCAGGAGCGUGGCGGCCGUGCCGUCGUGGGCGUCGUGGACGGCGAGGAUGAGGCCGCGUCCCCGGAUCUCAUGCGGGUGAUGACCGAGGUGCUGGGCGAGUGCAAGACACUCGCACCCGCCACCCCUGACACCAUGGUUGACAAGGCCCUGGCCACCUCGCUCAAGCUCUAUCACGUGUCCGACGCCGAAGGGAACCUCCUGGUGCAGGAAGUCGCCGUCCGGCCCCUGACCCAAGACAUGCUGAGCCAUGACGACUGCUACAUCCUGGACCAGGGCGGCAGCAGGAUCUUCGUGUGGAAGGGGAAGAACGCCAGCCAGCAGGAGCGGGAGCAGGCCAUAAGCAGGGCUGUGGGCUUCCUGAAGGCCAAGGGCUACCCAGAGACCACAUCCGUGGAGAUACAGAACGAUGGGGCCGAGUCGCCCGUCUUCAAGCAGCUUUUCCAGGGCUGGACGGAGCCGCAGCAGAGCCGUGGCCUGGGCCAGACCCACGCCCGUGGCUCCGUGGCCAAGGUGGAGCAGGUGAAGUUCGACGCCACGACACUGCACGCCCAGCCCCAGGUGGCCGCGCGGACCCGCAUGGUGGAUGACGGCUCCGGCGAGGUCCAGGUGUGGCGAGUGGAGGAGCGGGAGCUGGUGCCCGUGGAGCGGCGCUGGCUGGGCCACUUCUACGGCGCCGACUGCUACCUGGUGCUCUACACCUACCAGGCGGGCGGCCGCCCCCAUCGCAUCCUCUACAUCUGGCAGGGCCGCCACGCCAGCCCGGACGAGCUGGCCGCCUCGGCGUACCAGGCGGUGAUCCUGGACCAGGAGUACGGGGGGGAGCCCGUGCAAGUGCGCGUGCCCAUGGGCAAGGAGCCCCUGCACCUGCUGGCCGUCUUCAAGGGCAAGAUGGUCGUGUACGCCGGCGGCACCUCCCGGGCCGGAGGCACGGAGGCGGCGGCAGCCACGCGGCUCUUCCACGUGCACGGCGCCAGCGAGACCAGCACGAAAGCCAUCGAGGUGCCCGCUCGCGCCGCUGCCCUCAACUCCAACGACGUCUUCGUGCUCAAGACCCCGGCCUGCUGCUACCUCUGGUACGGCAAGGGCUGCAGCGGGGACGAGCGGGAGAUGGGCAAGAUGGUGACCGACCUCAUCACCAAGACGGAGAAGCUGGUGGUGGCCGAAGGGCAGGAGCCCCCCGCGUUCUGGGCCGCCCUGGGUGGGAAAGCCCCCUACGCCAGCAGCAAGAGGUUGCAGGAGGAGACACCGUCCGUCACCCCCCGCCUCUUUGAGUGCUCCAACCAGACGGGCACCUUCGUGGCCACGGAGAUCAUGGACUUCAACCAGGAUGACCUGGAGGAGGACGACGUCUUCCUGCUGGACACCUGGGACCAGGUUUUCUUCUGGAUCGGGAAGGAGGCGAACGCGAGCGAGCAGGAGGCGGCAGCGGUGAUGGCCCAGGAGUACCUGAGCUCCCACCCCAGUGGGCGCGACCCCCAGACCCCCAUCGUGGUGGUGAGGCAGGGCCACGAGCCCCCCACCUUCACCGGCUGGUUCCUGGCCUGGGACCCCCUCAAGUGGCAGGACAAGAAGUCGUAUGAGGAGCUGAGGGCUGAGCUUCAAGACAACAAAAACUUUAGCCUUGUCACAGCGGGGCUCACGGGAAAGCAGGAGGUUUUCACGACCAAGACCACGCUGAACUCGGGGACCCUGCAGACCUUCCCCCUGGAGGACCUGCUGAACAAGGCCGUGGAGGAUCUGCCCCGGGGAGUAGACCCCAGCAGGAAGGAGGAGCACCUGAGUGACCGGGACUUCCAGGCCGUGUUCGGGAUGUCCUGGGGCGCCUUCUCCCUGCUGCCGCUCUGGAAGAGGCAGAAGCUCAAGAAGGAUAAGGGGCUCUUCUGAGGCGGUGCCAGCCCGAGCGCUUGGGGACACCGGCGUGGGGGGGCUCUGGCCUAUGCCCCCCCCACGGCCCUCAGGGCAGCCACCACCUCGCCCAGGUGCUACCCAAUAAAUCCAGUGCACAGAGCACGGCUUCUG